CACGUAUCAAGCCACAAUUGUCAUUAACAUCAUUAUGGCAUUGACGUUAUUAAUAAAUUGUAAACAUUCAUACUUUCAAUAUAAAAAUGAAAUUACCUAUUUAAAAAUUGAAUGGAUAAAAAUAAUUACGGAACUUAUGAAUAUUUGUCAACCAACAACGUCGAUGAUGCAUCUAAUCAAUUUUUUGUUGUUCAAGAAGAUGGCACAUUUCUCAUUAAUAGACAAGUCCAGUACGUAACCCAAGUGCAGGAUGUUAAGGAAGUUCUUGACGAUGUACAACCCUGCACAGUGUAUGAUGUCACGCAACAGCAGUUUUAUGUAGAUGUCGAAAAUUCCUCUGAACUUAUAUCUGUGUCUGAUCAAUUGAUAAUACCUCCCCGGCCAAACAAUUUAUAUGCCAAUAAUUUCUUACUUCCAUCUGAAUCAAUUACUAAUGAUACAGCUAAUAAUCAUAUGGAUCAAGAUAUAUCAGAUGAGGAAUACAAACCAAACAAUACACAAAUGGAUAUUGAUGUGGAUACAAAUAUCAAUAAGGAUAUCAAUAAUUAUUACACAGAGAUUACACUUAAUGAUGAACAGUAUUCACAAUUAGAAAAAAAGGGCUGGAUUUUACUAGAAAACAGUGACAAAAUAUUUAUGCUUGAUACAAUGGGAGGACUUCGUGACAUAUCAACUGAUGAAAAAUUAAUUGAAAAAUUGAAAACUGAUAACGAAAGUUAUGAUUUAAAAAAGGAAUGUAGCUCUGUGAAAAUGAAAAAUACAAACAAAUAUGAUAAGACUCCCCAUGAUUUUCCUGUCCAACAAGAUACAGUAGAAUAUGUAAUCAGGUGUGAUGACGAUGAUGUCCAGAACUUACCUUUCGUAAUUACCGAUAAAGAAGAGUGCAGUACUUCACAACAAAUUCAAAGUAAGCAUUAUAAUCAGAUAUUACCUAGUGUCACAAGUGCUACAGAAAAUAAAGAAAAAAUAAAGGUUGGGAAAAAUGAACAAGAGAAUUCAGAAAAUGUAAAAAUAUUUGUGAUGAACAAUGAUACAAGUGAUUUAACUAAUCAAGAUAACAAUGUAUUAAGGAUUAAAACUAAGUUAUCAUUCAAAGAUUUUCCAAAUAAAAUAGUUUUAGGAAAGACAGUUAAUGGCAAAAAGUUAGUUGCAAAAGUAAAGAAAAAGAAAAUUGGCGGUAAUGAAGUUAUCAAUAGCGACGACAAUGAUACCAAUGAUGUGAUAGCACCUACUCGUUCCAAAGAUUCAUGUGAAGAAUCAUCACAACAAUCUGCAAAGAGUGUUGGCCUAGAUGAAAUGGAAUUUACCAGCAUUUUAGAGCAGUCACUAUUAACAGGCAGUAAUGAAAAACCACUAAACGCUAAAGAUUUUGAAGCAACAGAAUUAUUAAUAACACAGCUUAUUGAAAUGCCUGCAUUUAAAACUUCUAUUCUGAGUGCCAAAUUAUGUGUCACAAAGGUAAAACAAAAGGAAGACUUGCAAGGAAACAUUAUUGGUAAAUCCAAGCCCACCUUAGUUACCGGCCAAAUAAGAUUAAUAAAUAAUCAAUGGCGAUUUGUCCAUAUUCCAGAUAUGUUACUAAAACACAUACAUGCAGUUCAAUCUGGUUCAAACAAUACUGAUACUGUGACUACAGACACUGAGGUGCUACAUAUACAUGUUCUGGAAACUAAACAAAAACGCGCAGAAUCUAAUAUUGUGAAAACUGCCGUUUCAGUUGUUAAAAUAAACUUGCCACAAAAUUUUAAUGUAAAAACCCAUAAAACAAACAAAAUAUUUGCUUGUGCUGCAUGUGCUGCUCUAUACAAGUCUGAACAAGGACUGAAGGACCAUCAAAAGAUUCACUGCACUAAUAAUGACGUGGGACCUACUUCAGUAGACGUCGAAAAUAUAAAAUUGACAAAUGAUGAGUAUUAUGUAGAAAAUGGUAAAGAAAAAAUCUACUGCUGCAUGCAGUGUAAUGCCCGAUUCAAAAGAUUGAGUUUCUGCAAAAACCACAUUAAGGCACAUCCCCCAAAGAAUCAAAUAGACAACCAAAGCCAAGAAAAUGAAACAGAAAGUCAAAUUAACGGAAUCUAUAAGUGUAAAAUGUGCCCAUGCACAUAUUUCCAUUCAUCUACUUUGUCCAAACAUAUAGUUACAAAGCAUAUACAAGUGAUAUAAAUAAAUUACAUUACUGUAUAGUC